GUAUCGUGGUUAUUCCACAAUACCGCACGAUGCACGACCGCGCCGUCAUGCCUCUGCAGGUGCCGCAUGAUGCUAAUGCGGCCAUCCGCAAGAUACAGCACCAUGGUUACACAUCACACAUGCCCAAAGCACUCCUCCUUCCCUUGGACACGUCCAUUCCAUGAAGACGGCACUCUUACACAAGCUCAGACCAUCAGAAAGUGGCGUACAGGAUGGCGUCCACUGGCCAUCAGGAACCAAGCUCCCCAGCCAACUUGGAGCCAGGAGGUAGUCCAACUCCCGCUCCGCCACCACCGACGCACACCAUUCUUCUGCCCGUCGAAAAAGCCGAAUAUUGGCAGUCACCAUCACCAUUCGGAGCCAACAGCUGGGACGAAGUCGAAAUCCAUACCGCUGUCGAACCCCAACAUCUCCAUGACCUACCAAGCCCAAACGAACACCAAUGGCAGCGCCUGACCGACACCCGCUCUGACCGUCGCUUCACCAUCUCCGCCCAUGAGCCAGACUCUGUCGUACGUUGUGAUCGCAAGAUCACACUCGUGAGGCACAAUGCGAACAGACUUUCGCUUCGCGUAGAUGUUGGCGUUAUCUUAGCCACGAGGAGCGAGGGACAGCAAGAUUGGUACGAGACGAAACACCACGUACAGGAAUGGAGUACGGAAGUUGCCAUCCCGCUGCCGCCGCAAGAUCAGGAGGGACAAACGGCUGCCAAAGCUGACAAGAAGAAAGGGAGGAAGACCGGAAAGGUUGCGAAACACAGCAAGGAGAAGCAGAAGGGAGAGACGCGAGCACCUCCGCGAGCCCGCACCUCUGUCAACCGGGCAUGCCCAUUCUUGGAAGACAGCGACACGCUAUAGAAUUCGCCGCUUCGGGUUCAACAGCUUCACACCACGAUACUGCAGCAGGAGAUGAUAGAGCGCUUGUCACCGAAGCAAGUACCGGCUGACGCUCUUACUUUAAGAUUCAAUUAAUACAUCUGCUCCUCUC